AUGAAGUUGACAAGGAUGAAAUGCCAAAACAAAAGAAAAGAAGUUUGGAUGGGAAGCAAGCUCGAGGACAAGGUUAGCCUUCCUUUUUUGGAAGUAGACGAAUCCAAGGUUGAUAAGAAGAUAGUUGAGGUGAAGAAGCUUUUAAUGCCCUUGUAUGAAAAGUACAAGAAAGAGAACACAUCUCUUGCCCACUCUUAUGUGGAAGAAAUCACGGAAAAUGGGUCAGAUCAAAGUGUUGAGAGUGAUCCAAUUCUAAAGCAAUUUAUGAGAUCAAGAAAAGAUAAGAUACAAUACAAAUUGGGAAUGAAGUUGAUAACUACUUAUUGGAGCUUGCUGAUAAUCUAA